GAGUUGGAAACUAAAAAAAGUUAGCGACGUACAAUGACAGAAAUUCAGUCGCGUUUGUGCAUAACAUGAGUACAAUACGACUAGUGUCUCGUGCAGUGUUAUUAUAUUUUAUCAUGUGAAUUAACGAAGUGGGUAAAAUAGGAAUUUACUUUUGUUUCAUCAUCUCAAAUAUACAACGUGCACGUAUAAUUAGACAGAAGAGGAUCGCUAAGUUUACAAGCACAAUAACACGAAUCGAUUCUUUUAAAUACUGAGUCAUAAAUUACAGAUACGUCGUUUUAUUUGCAAUUUUAUACAAGGAAAACAACGUUUGAUAGAGCAUCUCUGCAGAAACACGUGACUUCAGUCACGAAGACGUCAUUUAUUGGAGAUAGAGUAAAAUUGUAUCACGAUAAGUGUAUCGGGGGACAAUUGCGAAAGUAUGACGUAAUAUAAUUGAACUAAUGCUUCACGGAGUUUGACUAAAUCCUAAAUAAAUAUAAUCACAGGCUAACCUCUUUUAAAUACUCCCGGUCGGAUGCUGUUAACGAUUAGCGAUUAAUAACUGUCAUUAUUUUUUAAGACAAAGUCUAUUUGAAAGAUUCGAAGGAUAUAAGUUGGCGUAUUGUUCAUCGAUUACAAACCGUGGCAGAAGAUAUGGCUGUCUUUAAGAAGCUUAACGAGAGGAUACCUCGAAGAGGAAUCCUGGGAGCAAUGAUGUUCUUAGCCUGUAUGUUCUCGUAUAUGAUCCGUACAAAUUUAUCAAUUACUAUAGUUGCUAUGGUAAAUACAACCAAAGAAGGCGGAAAUGUCGGUGCGGCUUGUAAUUACGAAGGCGGCAAUGUUAGUCGACAAGCUGCCGUGCUCAAAGAUUACGGUGAACGAUACGAAUGGAAUCAACAUAUACAAGGUCUUUUACUGUCCGGCUAUUUUUAUGGAGUCCUACCAGCCAGUGUACCUGCUGGCCUUUUAGCUGAAAAAUAUGGAGGCUCUAAAGUGGUAGCAUUCGCAACUCUGAUACCCGCCGUGUUGAAUCUUUUGAUGCCAUGGGCUGCUGGCUUUCAUUAUGGUUUUGUGUUUGUUCUUCGUUUCUUGAUGGGCUUCUUUGGAGGAGCCGUUUAUCCAGCUCUUCACGCGAUGAUCGCUAGAUGGGUUCCUCCCAGCGAGAAGGGCAUGUUCGUAUGGACGAUGCAAGGUGGUCCCUUUGGAACAGUAGUAACUUUCUCUUUAUGUGGACAAAUAAUUAGUGCUUUCGGUUGGAAGGCUGCGUAUUACGUCACUAGUGGACUGAUACUGAUCUUCUACGCGUUAUGGGUUUUCCUUAUUUACGACACUCCUGAUACCCAUCCAGGAAUUACAGAAAAAGAAAAGGCUUAUAUCAAAGAGCAAAUAGGUACCACCGUCUCUAAACAAAAGGUACAACUUCCUGUGAAAGCUGUGGCCACUUCCGUACCAUUUAUAGUUCUUCUAUGGGCGCACUUUGCAAACAUGUGGGGUAUUUACUUCAUCGCUACCAAUGGGCCAAAAUACACUUUAGAAGUUCUCGGUUUCGAUAUGAAAUCGGGAGGUCCGAUUACGGGUUUACCUUAUAUCGCCAGACUCGGCGCUGGAGUACUGUUCGCUGCGGCUGGUGACUAUGUACGAAGGAAGAAAUUCUUGACUUUGGGAUGGAUGCGAAGAAUAUUUAUGAUCUUCUCACACGUGGGCCCGGCAGUCUGUUUAAUAGUAAUGACGUAUGCUGGCUGCGAUGCCAUAACUGCAAUGGUGAUGUUAAUAUUAGCAUUGACCUUUAAUGGUGCUGCUUGUCAAACGAGUCUACAGAAUCAUCAAGAUCUCGCACCGAACUAUGCAGGUUCUCUGUAUGGAAUAAUGAACACCUUCGGCAGCUUUCCUGGAUUCAUUAUUCCACCUAUAAUCGGUGCUUUAACCAAUGAAAGGAACACGGUAGAGGAAUGGCGUGUUAUGUUCUGGAUCUCAGCAGUGGUAUUCACAUCUGCAACAUUAUUCUUCUGGUUGUUCGGUUCAACGGAAAUACAACCGUGGAAUAAUCUAAAUGAAAGCAAAGGAGACGCUAUUGCCGAUGAAGAGAAACAAAUAACUGAAUUAACUGACCGAAAAGUGGAACAGGAAGAAGACGAGCCGGGAGAAAACGCACGUCUCUAACCUGAAAUUUCGCGCUAUCUUACUUACCAGUAAAUUUUAAUAGCGCUUAUAAUAAUAAUGAUGAUCAUAAUAAUCAUAAAUAAUUAUGAUCUCACACGAACAACGGUACUACGAAUAAGAUUCUUUUUUUCGCAGAGCGAUAAUGCGGUAUUUUAAUAAGAUUCUUUCGCGAUUUGCAUCGUCAUUGACCAAAGAAACUAAUUCGUUUAAUCACUCCACAGUAUUGUAGUAAAACAACUGGAGACAUUAAUUAUUCGUACGCAUAUUUUUGGAAGAACAUUUUGCCUUUUAUAAUCUAUACAAACGGAGUAUGAUACUAUUACCAAAUACCAUAGUCUUUUUUAGUAUAAAAAUUUUUAUAUUUGUGUAUAACGUUUCAAUUUAUAAUUCGAUUUUACAAAUGCGUACGCUUAAACGUAGAAGCUAAAACGUAGUACAAAACUUUAUUCGACUGAAUUCGUACAACGCACAAUUAUUUAAAUUUGAUUUAAGUCGUGGUAGUAGAAUUCUUGAGUUUGCGAAAUUUUAAUUAUACAUCGACAUUUUGUUUGUGAUGCUUUAAGUUCAACUGCCAACAGUGAGAUUCUAUUAAAAGUAAUUUGUGCUCAGUACUACCUACCAUUGGCGUAGUUAGAAUUUGUAUAUGGAGUGGGUUGAAUCUCUCAAUUUUGGUCCCCAUCUAAUUACGCCAAUGUUGCCUACACCUUACCGAUAUUAAUGAAAAGCUGUUACGCGUUACUUUUUAAACCAACGAAAAAUAGUAACAAUAUUAUUUUUACGAUAUUAUUCAUAUCAUCAGAAUGUGUCGCGAACUACAAGAAACUCAAAUGUAAAUACGUUUAUUAAUGUCAAAAGAUAUACUGAACGUUGUCGUUGAUGUUAUAUUUAUAUAGAACGCGUAAAAAUGUAUUUGCAUUUAUUUGUCAAUUAUUAAAGAUUACGAAAGAA